CGGAAGACGCAUUAGCAAUGAUCAGGUCACGGCUGGGCAGAAAGGAAGGCGAGAACAUCGGCCAGCAGCGGGAUUCUUCGCCCAAUCGUGGUGGAAGAGCGCCGGGUCAGAUCGAAGACUGUUCCUAUGCAUCUAUUGGAGCUGAGGCCAUCCCGUCUGCACCUCCUGUACCAUCGUCGUCCUUAUCGUCAGCUGCAGAUGGCAGUGGGCCGCCACCGUGGGCACGUCACGUGAGUGGUCAUGCUCCAGCUGCACCAGCGUUGCCAGACGGGGACUACCUAAUGCCAGUGGAGGAGAAGAUGAAAUUCCAGAGCGAGGCGACAGCGCGACGUGAAUCCAAAGCCGUUUCGGAUUCCUACACUCCGGAGAAUGAAUACUUGGCGCCUGUGGAGGAGCUGCGUCGAGCCCAGGAUCGGUAUACGGCCUCGCCAAUCUCAGCAGCUGUGCGCAAGACACCCAAAACGGAGAGGUAUGCUGGGUCUGGAUUGCCUGCACUGCCCUCCAGACCUGGUGACCAUACCUAUGACCUGCCAGAACGAAGGUUAUAUCAAUUCGCACCCGAUGCCUAGGAAGCAGGCCGAGAUUCCAUCAAGGUCGAAAUUCAAAAUGGCUCUUUCUCGACAACUGCAUGUUUUCCCAUCCCAAUUUCAGUUCGGACAAUGAUCAAUUCCCAUCACGGCUCCGCUGACCUCUUAGCGCGUCUGUUGCCAGUUCAGCCACUGCAGACGAUAAUAAUCAUUAUAAUUUUUGUUACUCUUUACAAAGCCGCGUUUUAGGUUGUUCAUUUUUUUAAAGAUUUCACUCAAGUGGACAUGUUUUUCGUGAGCGCUGCAUUAUUUUUGCUGUCUCUAUUUGACUUUAGCCGGAUGAACAGGCACUGCUGCCUUCUCGUCCAGCCAAUAUUGAUGAAGCUGUCCUGGGGUGGCUUUCACGCUUUUCUUCAGAUGCAGUUUCCCGCUUCAACUCGCUCACAUUUCUGAUUCUCUUUUGAAAUGGCGAAGGAUAAUAUUAACGUAGAACGAACGAUUUCAUUACAGACUUUUUAACCCUGGUGAA